UUAUCUGACAUUGCAAACAAAGAUAAGAACAUCACAGAAACGUGCAUCGAUUUUUGUCUGUUUUCUGUCUGUUCGGUGUGUUCUGUACUGUACUCUAUAAUCAGGUUCAGGUUGAAUGUACAAUAUUGUGUAUGAUAAAUAUUCUGAGAACUGUGGCGGUUUUUUAAAAUGGUGUAAGUCUAAGUUGACACGAUAUAUAGAGUAAUUUUUCCACUUCGAAUCUCAUGCCGAAUAAGAGAGUGUAAGCUGUGCGAAUGGAAACCAAUGGUAAAAUAAAACAUGACGUUCGAGAUGAUGAAGAUGAUGAGAAGCAACCUCUCUUAGGAGCAGAUCACAAGGAGCCGAUAUGGAGACAGUAUAUUGCAGCUAUGACAGCUGCGCUGUUAUCAAUGGCAACUGGAUGCUGCGGAGGAUGGUCUUCAUCAGCGGUACCCCUUCUGAUGGAAGGUCUAGCUUCAGAUCUGGGAGGAAUAGAUCGACUCAAUUCAGAACAAGUCUCUUGGGUUACCUCGUUGCUAAAUCUGGGAUCGUUAUUCGGCUCAAUCCCAGCUGGUCAAAUGUCAUUUUAUUUCGGUAGAAGAAAAUUCCUACUCAUGCUAGGAGGUCUGCUAGUCAUCAGUUGGAUGUUGAUAAUAUGGAAUUUUAAUCAUGUAGAGCUUUUAUAUUUGGGACGAUUUUUGGCCGGAUUUUGCGCAGCUAGUUGUAACGUAGCUUUGGCCAUGUACUCGAAUGAAAUCUGCAGCGAUAAAAUCAGAGGCCAAUCUGGAUCUUUUUACGAUCUAAUGCAAGUGUUCGGCAUUUUAUUCGUAUAUUCGGUCAGUGCAAUCACCACGUUGUUUUGGAGCAGUAUGAUUUGUCUAAUGGUACCGGUUUGUUUCGUUUGUGUAUUUUACUGGAUGCCCGAAUCUCCGUUACAUUUGAUCAAAAAUGGAUACAAAACCGAGGCUAUCAAAUCGAUCAGAUGGCUCCAUGGAGAACACUGCGACGUCGAGAAAGAACUAACCAAAAUCUACCUGGCACUUUUGGAAGGUAAAGAAUGCGAAGUAGAAGACGACGAAGAACUUUCAUAUUUGGUAUCGAUUCGUAAAUUUUACAAUAGUUUAAGCAAAACUACAAUCAAAGCUUUUGCCAUCGUUUUAUCAUUAUUCGUAAUCCAACGAUCGAGCGGCGCACCGAUGGUGGUUUAUUAUACGGUUGAUGUCUUCGAAUCAACUAAUGCCAGUAUUUCUCCUCUCACAGCGACCGUUUGUGCAGGAGCUUCUCAAUUAUUUUUCUCCAUCAUUAGUGUCAGCCUUGUCGAUCGUGUUGGACGUAAAAUACUCAUAAGAAUCUCGUGUUCUGUAAUGAUCCUCUGUUUGAGCGUUUACGUCACUUAUAUGUGUCUUUUAAGCGGAGGAUACUCAGUCUCGGAAGACUACAGCUGGCUGGCGACUCUCUCCAUAUGUCUAUUUGUAGGAAUCUACAGACUUGGCAUAAGUCCCAUACCAUUCUUCCUGUGCACCGAACUAGUUCCUGUCGAAGCCCAAAAAUGGGCCUUGCCUAAAAUGUUUUUCAUCGGAUGGGGAGUGGCGUUCAUAUGGAGUAAAUCGUACCUAGCUGCGGUGGCAAGUUUCGGUUACGUCAUUGUGUUCCUUUUCUUCAUGUUUAUCUGCCUUCUAGGAUUGCUCAUCACGUUGAUUAUCCCGGAGACCAAGAACAAAAGCAGGCUCGAAAUACAAGCCGAAUUAGGAGCGCCUGUAGCCAAAUACGUUGAAUUGAAAUCCAACGCGGUUAUCAUAAUCGAAGAUUGAUCACUUCGUUUAGAAGCGGUAAAAUCGAGUGAUCGAAUGUCGAUUUUUGCUUCACGAAUGAAGUGAAUUGUUUAUGGCACCGAAAUGCACCACACUGUAUCGUGGUUUAGCUUUAGCUGGCGCGUUGUGCGGAUAUUUUUUUCUUAAAUUUGGAGAAUUUGUGGCGGAGUUGGCUAUAAUUUCGAUGGCAGAGUGGAAGAAAACGGGCUGUGUUUUAGUUUAUUGUUGCUCAUUUUGGUGAAAUAUGUUUUUUUGUUACGAUGUUAUGUGAAAAUGUUUUUUUAAAAAUUAAUUUAUUAAUCCAUUUAUAUUUUUUCAAACUGUGAUUUAUGGUGUAUUUUUUAUAUUACUUACCUAUUUUUAAAAAAUACGAAAUUGUUACUCAAUGAUCUUAA